AUGUUCACAUACAGAUACAAGUAUACAGAACCAGAAAUCCGACUGUGCGGAAACCGCGUCCCGCUGAAAACUGAGAUGACCUACUUCGGGAUUGUAGUGGACAGGACACUACUUUUCAAGAGCCUGAUCAAGGCAGUCACAACUAAGGCGGCAGAAAUCAGCAUGCUACUCGCCAGGAUAAUGCCGAAUGUUGAAGGGCCGCGCGAGGACAGGUGGUGCCUUCUAUCCGCAGUAGUGCACUCCGUGCUACUAUAUGGCGCCCCUGCUUGGGCGCACACAAUAGACGUUGACACGUCAUACCUGGUAAUGUGCGUCUCCUCAACAGAGCACAGCGCAGAGUGUUGCUCCGGAGCAUCUGCGCCUACCGCACAGUCUCCGAGUUGGCGGUCAACACAAUCGCAGCGGCCCCUCCGGCGGAUCAGGCGAGCGGCUAUAACCGUCACCACCACCGGGGUAGAACCCAAUAACCUCACCCUCGACAAGUGGCAGGAGAGAUGGUCUACCGGAGAGACUGGCGGCUGGACCAGACGACUAAUCCCAGACGUCCGUAGCUGGUGCAACAGGAGAUACGGUCGGACCAACUUCCACCUCACCCAAUUCCUAUCAGGGCACGGGUGCUUUAGUCAAUACCUCCACCGGAUCUGA